CAGCCGGUAGCUGCCGGCGCGCCAUAUUCAAUUUGUUGUUUCAGAGCUUCAGCUUGAGGGCGAAUAUACUCGUAAUACCUCUCUUUUUCUUUUUAAAUUAAUAACGCCUUUAUUAAAACAGCCUCUUUUAGUAAAAAUGGACUGUGUGGAUUUUCCGAGAGUUCUUCCAAAUUCACCGAGGAAAGCCCGGGGACAAAUUCAGGUCAUCUUUGGACCGAUGUUUUCAGGCAAAAGCACUGAACUGAUGAGAAGAGUGCGCCGUUUCCAGAUAGCCCAGUAUAGCUGCUUGGUGAUUAAAUAUGCCAAAGACACACGUUAUUCUGACGCAGGCAUGGCUACACAUGACAAAAACACAAUGGAGGCUGUACCAGCCAACUGUCUGGGAGAUGUGAGAUCUCUGGCACUCAAUGCCUGUGUCAUUGGAAUCGAUGAAGGGCAGUUUUUUCCAGACACAGUGGAGUUUUGUGAGGAGAUGGCCAAUUUAGGAAAGACAGUCAUUGUAGCUGCCUUGGAUGGAACCUUCCAGAGAAAGGCAUUUGGAAACAUCCUUAACCUUGUUCCUCUAGCAGAGAGCGUGGUGAAACUCCACGCCGUCUGCAUGCAGUGUUACAAAGAAGCCGCCUACACCAAGAGGAUAGGAGCCGAGAAGGAGGUGAGGAGGCAAAUUUACGAAAUGAAUAAGGUGGAAGUGAUCGGUGGAGCUGACAAGUAUCAAGCGGUGUGUAGAAAGUGUUAUGGGGGUCUGGUGGCAGACAAAGAGAACCAUGCACCCUUUAGGAAUGAAACUCCACAACAUGCCUUCUCAGGAAAACAAAUGGACUGCAGAGUUCCCAGAAAGCUUUUCUCUGCUCUCCACCUCGAAACACAAAACUAAGACAAAAUCAAUCAGUAUUGUACAUGUUUUAUCUGAUACUAAUUUUUAAAUGUUUUGGGAUGGGUUUGUGUAAUUGGGUAUAAGCAACUCAAUUUAUUUCAUUUUGUCUUUUGUGUCAAAUUUGUAUUACUUGAUUAAUCUGGAAAUGCACUUGAAACUUACCCUGACAAUGAGUAAAAUGUGUAACCUUUGUUUUGGUAUGUUUUGACCUCUUUAACAGUGGCAUUAUCCAGUCAUAUAUAAAGUUUUAAUUUAUUUUCUCAUUUUAAAAAAUUGUCUACCAUCAUUUGUAAGGAGGUUGUCUCAUGUUUCACUUGUAUCACAGUUCGACACUAAGAAAAAUGUAUGGCUUCAAAACAGCUUCUCCAAAAGAUUUCCAUAAGAGAUGGUUGGGAAAUGCUCCUUUUCUCACACUUACAAAACAUAAACAGAAAUGUUUUCAA